GGCGUUUGGACUCGCUUUGCCUUUCCUUUUUGGCCCCUUAGCGCCACUUCAGCCACUGACUCCAGUUUUUGUGUCGGUUUUGAUCCAUCUGGCUGCAGAGAGAGGACACACCAUGUUCACUCUUGCUGUGUUAUUGCUUUGUGCAGCCUCCUGUGUCUCAGUUUCUGCCAAAGGUGCUGCUUUGGGACCCCGGCUGAAUAACAACCAGCUGUAUAAAUUCAGCUACACCACUGAGGUGCUGGUGGACAGGGCCAGGAGGUCAAAAGAGGGCAGUGCUGGCUACAGGAUCUCAAGUGACGUUGACGUCCACCUAGUUUGGAGAGAUCCGAGCAGCAAGGAUGACCAACUGAUACAGCUGACGAUCUCAAAUGUGAGAGUCGACCAUGCCUCCAAACGAUCAGAGAAGAAGAACGUCCUUCAUGGUUCCACAACUGAGAGUCUCCUGGGGAAAACUAGACUGGCAGCUCUGACAAAACCUUUCUUGGUGCAUUUGAAAAAUGGAAAGGUAAAAGCAUUUUAUUCCUACUGGGCUGAGCCUGCAACCAUCAAGAACCUAAAGAGAGGGUUGGCCAGCUUACUGCAAGUACAGCUCAACACUGGGAAGGUUAUAGAGAAUGACGUGUCUGGAAGGUGCACAAUCGAGUACAAAGCCGUAAAGGGUCAAGUGACACGAACCAAACUGCUGGAGACGUGUACGACUGCAGAGACUGGAUUCACCACACACAGUCAGGUCUUGGGUGUGAGCAAGAAGUCUAGUUCUGUUACAGUGUUUACACUUGAAGACGGUUUCGUACGGUCAGCCGUGGCUGAAGAAACUCACUCACUGGCUGUUAAAGCCCACAGGUCCACAGCAGCUAAAGUUGUAUCCAGGCAAACUCUCACAUUGGUAGGGACAGAGGCUGGACCGCUGGAGGCCGCUGGGAAAGAUGUUGCAGGGGUGGUCAAGUCCAUUGAUGCCAAAAUGGCUGCUGUUGGUAUCAUGGCUGAGAAGGUUAAAGCCCAGUGCAAAGGCUGUCCAUCACUUUUUGAACAUUGGCAGGAUCAACAGAAGCAGCUGGAGCCAGCUAGCCUGUCCAAGGCCACGGCUCCUCGGAGCUUCCUGGCUCUCAUCCAGAGCAUUAGGAAGGCGUCCAAGGACGAGAUCCUCAAGGUGUUGAAGAGUGCCAGCAAGCCAUCUCUACCUCAGGUGGUGGAUGCUGUGACGUCCUCCCAGACAACUGCAUCCUUGGAUGCUAUGCUUGAAUUCCUUAACUUCACCGAUGCCAAAAGUUUUGUUCUGCAGGAGAGGUUUCUCUAUGCAUGUGGAUUUUCCUCACAUCCCAAUGAGAGGAUGCUCCAGGCUUUGCUGGGCAUUUCUAAAGGAAAGAUCGGCAGCACUGACAUCAAAGAGUCAGUGGUGAUCAUUAUGGGAGCUCUGGUCUACAAACUCUGUCAGAGAGGAGAGUGCAACUUACCGACAGUGCUGCAGGUGAAGAAGAUGAUUUUAGAAGGUCCUUACAGCACACAAGUAGAAUCUGAGGUCCAGAUGUACCUCCUGGCUCUGAAAAACUCUCUGCUCCCUGAGGCCAUUCCCAUCUUUACCAAAUACACAGAGUCAGAGGUGGGAGCAUACAUCACCAUCUCCCUCUCCGCCCUGCAGAGAUAUGACGUCAAUCUCAUGACUGCUGAGGUAAAACGGACAGUGAACAGAGUUUACCACCAGAAUCGACGGAUCUAUGAGAAAAAUGUGAGAGCUGCUGCUGCCGACGUCAUCCUCAGUAGCAACCCCACGUACAUGGAGGUCAAGAAUCUACUUCUGUCCAUCGGAAACCUUCCCCAUGAAAUGAACAAAUACAUGCUGUCUAAGAUUCAGGACAUCUUGCGCUUCCAGAUGCCUGCCAGCAAAGUUUUGAGACAAGCUAUGAAGGACAUGAUUUCCUACAAUUACAACCGCUUUGCAAAAGUUGGGUCAUCAUCUGCAUACUCAGGAUUAAUGGCAAAAUCUAUGGAUGUCACCUCCACAUACAGUUUGGACAUCCUGUAUUCAGGCUCUGGGAUCCUGAGGAGAAGCAACAUGAAUAUUUAUGGUGCUAGUAAAGGAGCAAUGCUACAUGGACUUCAGGUGGCAAUUGAGGCACAGGGUCUGGAAUCACUGAUUGCAGCCACACCUGAUGAGGGAGAGCAAGACCUGGAGUCGUUUUCCGGGAUGUCGGCUCUGCUGUUUGGUGUCCAACUGAGGCCAGUCACCUUCUUCAAGGGCUACAGUGACCUCAUGUCCAAAAUAUUCUCCAUGUCCGGGGAGCCCAUGAAUGUAGUGAAAGGUCUGAUCCUGCUGACUGAUCAUUCUGAGGUCAUUCAGCUGCAGUCUGGUCUAAAGGCGACUGCAGAGUUCCAAGGAGGGUUAGCCAUCGACAUCUCUGGAGGCAUGGAAAUCAGUCUGUGGUACAGGGAGUCCAAGACCAGCAUCAACAACAGGGGAGCGUUAGUGGUCACUGGUAAUGUUACUGUGGACCUGGACUUUAUGAAAACGGGUGUGGAGGUCAGCUUUGAAACAGAGGCCUCACUGGACUUCAUCACCACUGUCCAGUUCUCUGAAUAUCCCUUCUUGGUGUGCAUACAGAUGGACAAAACUACCUUCCCCGUCAGUGAAUACCUGAAGAAGUAUGAUAGCCUGUCAUCAGGGAAGAGUGUUUUGUCGCAAAAGAGCAGGAAGCAGCUCAUCCCCGGCUCUGAAUUCCCUCUUCACCAGGAGAACUCAAACAUGUGUAAGAAGGUUUUUGACUCCAGCUGGUAAAAUUCGACGUCAUGAACUUCCAGGAGGGAGUCUUCAUUCAUUUGGGCAGGAUAUUGUCACUCAAGAGAGGAAAGUGGAGAAUGUAUUUUUUUUUAGCAACACAUGCAAUGUUUACAUUCCUGUGAGUAUUUAAGUCAUUUUAAUUUCGUUUGCAAUCAGGAAUUCUUGCAUUGUCUUUUUAUGGAUUUCUUUGAAAAUGUAUUUAUGGUGGGCCCAUACAGUUUGGAUGUUUUGUUUGAAGGGCUAUACUCAACAUGAAUAGUAUCUCUGUAAUUUUCCCCCAACACAGUUGCAGUGGAGAUGUAAAUACACACUGGAGGGCAUGAAUUAAACUUUUACCAUGAAUAUAAAUGCUCUUUUCUCUCUAAAUCCCUUUGUUGUUUAAUUAAAUAGGCGUUUACUUAAGAGGAGCAUUUUUAACUGUAUGUCACUUUAUCAUCGUUCACACAGUUGAAACAACGUAUGUACCAGAGUAAUGAUAUUGAUCAGUUCCAUUUUUCAUGAUUAUAUUGGUAAUUUUCUAAACUACUUUUUACUUUGUACUUGCAAGAUUUGAAGUGAAAAUCAAAUCUACAAAAGUGAAACCAUCAACACUUGAACAUAGUUUUUUUUGUACUGGCUGUAAUUGCUCUGUAUGUCUGAAAAUGUUUGGGAAGUUUCAAGACUCUGGAGCUACCCUGAACUUGUGUUUCCAUAUUUAGAGAUCAAUUUUUUUUGGAUUUUUAAUUGCCUGAGAAUAAACGUACACUGGAAACACUUUG